GUUGUUUUAGUGAGAAAUCUCAAGAAAAAUUCAUGCUUUAAUUUGUUGGGAACUUUGUUUGCCUACAUCUUUUGAACGUUUAAUAUAAUGGUUGAAAUUUGUUCGUUUGAUACUUUUUGAUUCUCUUGUUUCAGAUUUUGUCUUCUUUUUAGGUUCAAAUUUGUAACUUUAAGUUGUGAACUCUGAGAAUGAAAGGGAACGGGAUUAUACAAAGUUUUUACCGUGAUUGAUAAAAAGCAAAAUUCUUACUUUCGAUUCUUGCAAAAGGCGAAAGGAAAAAAGGAGGAGUGAUUCAUUUAAGGAAAUUUACCUUUACUAUUUUUUUCCUUCCUUACUUUGGAGUAUCAAUGAGGCUCUUGCUGUUCAGUGGUUUUGAAUGUUAGUGCGUUAUGGUUUUGAAUAGCUGGGAAUCUUUGUCCUGUGCAUUAACUGAAGCAACAGGUCAAUUAGCUAUGAUGAGGACAGCUUGAUUUGCCUUAUCUUAAGUUUUUGAAAAAAUAUAUAUAGGGCUUUCAUGGACCACCCGAUUUUUGCUUUCAAUUUUUAUUUGCCUGUAUAUUUUGUCGAGAUGCUUGCUGUUUAUUGUCUUCUUGUAUCCCAUUUCAUUAAUGUUGCAAGUUGAAAAGACUUUGAUCAAUUGGCUCCAUUUGAUCGAAAACCUUUAAUUGAUGCAUGCACAAGGAAAAAAACAAAAUGAUGUGAUCAAUUGGUCCACCUUAUAAUUUUGCUUUUGCUUUGGGUAUAGAAAUACUGCCAAUUCUUUCUCACUUCUCGUGGGCAGAAACCGGUCUAUUUCAUGAAUAUUUGAGUUUAUCACGGCAUAGAGACACCUAAAUGCUUACGUUUAUUUGUAUGUUGUCUUGACUGUUGAGAGUUGAGACCUGUGCAAAAGAUAAGAGAAUGAGUGAAAAAGUGUCAAUUAGAUAGAACAAAAACUACUUUAUAAGAUAUCAAAUUGGGUAUCUAAGCUGUUCUUAGAGUGUCCUUCAUUUGCUGAUUGUAUUAGAGUGGUGAUAUUGGAUGAUCAGGUUUUUUCGAAUAAAUUCCAAGAUUUAUAUUUCACUAUUCUCAUCCUUAAAGAUUAUAACUAGUGAAUUGAAAUUUCCUGCAUGUCUGGAAGAGCUCAAGAACUCUCGAGGUUUUCCUUCACUAUCUGCGUUUGGGGAAUUGAAACAAUUGUCUGGCAUAUACUCUUCGUUUCCUACUUCCAACUAUAUCCAAUUCUAUUUUAAUGAGUGUCUGAUUCAUGCCCCAGUGGCAUUUAUGCCAAUUUGGUGGAUGAUAGAAUUAGGGGACUUAGCUUCUUGUUUGAGUUGCUUGAUAUGUUUGCUUAACUCGGCGUCACAGCUCAACAACAAAGGAGUGAUCUAUAUACCUGUGGAACAACAUGGCCAUCUCUAAUGAUGGCUAGUUUUGUGCAUUAUUUUAUCAGCACGUCUUACGUUUCCUGUGCCAAAUAACCAUGAGAACUUUUGUGUAUGCUUAUUAAGUCAUGGUUACAAAGUUUAAGUAUUUUUCAUUUCUUUUUAAAUCUUCAGAGUGGCCAGCAUGUCUGUUGACCUGAAAAGAACACAUUAGGGCCUUGUCCUUGAAAAUCUCAGGAUAAAAAAAAGUGAAGUGGAGAAACAUCUGCAUCCCAUAACUGAUAUUAUUUAAGUCUAUGGAAGACCAUUCAAGGCAGAAAAUAAAUUCAGGGGGUCAGAUAUCAUUUGGAAUUUCUAAGACUGUAACAACCCAAGCAAUGCAAAAUUUGGCUUCGCAUGACAGGUUGACACCAGAAAAGCCUUCAUCGUCAGAUGCUGAUAUUCAUCACAAAAUUACAAAGAAUAUAAAAGAUAUUUCGCCUAAAUGUUCAAGGAAUUUCCUAAAGCAAUGUAGGAAGGUAACCAAAGAAGAGGAGCUUGUCAAGUACAUGUCAAAUUUGCCGAGUUAUCUGGAGAGAGGUGAAAAUCGACAGGAGAAAAUUCUGAAUGUUGGGGUCCUUGAUUGGGGUCGUUUAGAGAAGUGGCGGUGUAGCCAAAAACAUAUACCACAAAGAAGUAGCAGGCAUUCGUUCUCAAGUGCUAAUUCAUCAUUUUCAACAGCAGGAUCAUCUGUUGACUACAGUAGUGGUCAAAGCUGCUCUCCUGCUCAUCAAAGGAUGCGAUGUCCAUCGCUGCAAUCUCAUCUGAUGUCAUCUCCUGUAGAAGUCCAUUCACAAGAUGUCAAAUCGUUUGAAGAAAGUGUUCAAAAGUUUCAAGAUGUCAAAGGUGUCCACGCUAACAGUAUGAGUGAGCAAGGAGAGUUCAACAAGACAGAUCAACUCGUUUCUGAAAACUUUUCUGAAAUCAAGCUGGAUCAGAGCAAGAGAAAAGAUUCAGACCCAGAAAUGAAUCGAGAAGGUGGAACUCUUAAUCGGGAGAAUUUUGAAAUGCAGCAGAGUAUGAAGGUUAAGACAACCCAAGAUGGUGAAUUAAUGAAGAGAGUAAAUCAGUUGCAAGAACAGAAGGCAUAUGCCUUUGACCAAGAUGUCUCCCAGAAUAGUAAAAGAGUACUUCUACUUAUGCCAAGAGAUCUCACUCAAGGCAGUCGUUCCCAGCUUUCUGAGUAUCCAAAGGGAGCAAAAGCAAGUCGAAGUAGCUUUUCAGAGAUGCCAAAGGACAUGAAUCCUGCAGCAGUCACUUUUGAUGUUCCUCACUCUUGUCCACGGCCUCGGGAGAUUGACAGAUCUGCAGAGAUGAGAUGGGGCGCUCCAGAUGCAGAGAGUAUCAGUUUUUUGCCCAAUUCAUCUCACUUAGCACCACAUCCAGCCAAAAUAAAAAUUGGUGCAUCCCAUGCUAGAAUUUCGGGAAGUAAAAAAUCAAUUGUAACACCAAUAAAUUCAACUUCAAAAGAACCUUCCACAGGAUUGGAUGUGAAGCUAAGCAAAGUAACUUCUGAAAAAUCGAGAAGCACCUCACCUUUUCGCCGACUUGGCAUUGGUAUGGGCAAGAUAAGUAAAAGUUUCAGCUCCAAAGAAGAUUCUUGUAUAUCACAAAUGAGCACAAUCCAUAAUUCUGCAAAAUCUGCUGCAGAGAAUUCUGUUGCUUCCUCUUGCCAAGGUACUUCAAGUACCGAUAUGCAAAAUGCUACAAGCAGAGCCAGGUCAAGCCCUCUGAGAAGGUUACUUGACCCACUGUUGAAACCUAAGGCACCAAACUGCCAUCAUUCUGGGGAACCAUUGCAAGGGGAUUUAGUAUCAGCAGAUAGAGCCUGCAAGUCAUCCAAUGGACGACUAGAUUCUUCAACUGGACUGAGACAGCCAAAAGUUGUAAAAUUAGACAUGGCAAGUUGCAGGGAAAUCAAUAUUGAUAAUUCGUGUCAGGACAAGAAGCAUGGAUCAUCAGCAUUUCAAGCUUUGCUACGAGUUACAGUUAAGAAUGGCCAACCACUUUUCACGUUUGCAGUUGAUAAUGAACGUAAUAUUCUUGCAGCCACAAUGAAGAAGUUAAGUUGCACGCUAGAGGAUGAUUAUUGCUGCAUUUACACAUUCUUUGCCAUUCAAGAAAUCAGGAAAAAGAAUGGGGGUUGGAUGAACCAAGGUGGCAAAGGCAAAGGUCAUGAUUAUAUUCCUAAUGUUGUAGCUCAAUUGAAGGUUUCAGGUUCUCAGUUUUCCACGAGAGAGGACUACAUGGAGCAAUCAUGUGCUAGAGAAUUUGUUCUAUUUGCUGUGGACUUACAACAAGCAGAGCCGCAAACAUUAGAAUCUCAGCCAAAUGAUGAACUGGCCGCCAUUGUUGUCAAGAACCCAAGAGUCAUCAAUAAAAGUACAGCCAGUGAUGGGUACAAUACUGGUGAAUGCAAUGAUCUUCCAAAGAUGAGAUCUAAUUCUACUUCCAGUGAACAGCCUAACAUGAACAGCGAAAGCCUUAUGAGUACCACAGUCAUUCUUCCAAGUGGUGUUCAUAGUCUACCAAAUAAAGGAGGACCUUCAUCGCUGAUCCAAAGAUGGAGAUCAGGUGGAUCAUGUGAUUGUGGAGGCUGGGAUUUGGGUUGCAAACUCAGGAUUUUUAUCAACCAGAGUCGACUUACUAAGAAAUCAAAUCUAUACAAAGCUUGCUCUGUGACAGAUAAAUUUGAGCUCAUAUCUCAGGUUGGGGAAGAAGAAAACCAAUCUGUCUUCAGUUUGGCACCUUUCAAGGGUGGAAUCUAUUCAGUUGAGUUCACAUCAUCAUUUUCAACUAUACAAGCAUUCUCACUGUGCAUAGCAGUUUUAGAUAGCAACAAACUGUGUGAGAUCCCAGAACCUUGCAACUUGUCUGAAGGAAAAACUUCUUUGUAAUAAGGUUCCAUAUGGAAUUUGACAGACGCCUGCUCCUGUUGGAAGGUCUAAUUUCACAAGCAACUACACAGGCAGUACAGAUAGAUAACAGCCAGUUUGAGUGGGUGGACACCACUUGAAUCCCUCUAAUUGAAAUAGGAAAAUAACAAUAGAAUCUGCAAGGUCAUGGGGAAAGAAACCUAGAAGCCUGAGCUGAGAGCUUGUAAUUUAUAUAUUAGUUUUUGAGUUCUUUUCACUAUAGGAACUGUACUUAGAAACAUAUCCAUCCAUGUAAAUGGAGCUGGUGCAUAUAUUUAUAAUGAAACUUAAUGCUAUUUUGCUUUCAUAUUA